AUGUUCUUUCUGCACAACCUCACGCGUCAUGUCACGCUUCACCCUUCCUACUUCGGCCGAAAUAUGCACGAGCUGGUCACAACCAAGCUACUGAAGGAUGUCGAGGGCACGUGCGCGGGCAACUACUUCAUCAUCACCAUCAUGGACACGUUCGACAUCUCCGAGGGGCGCAUCCUGCCUGGAAGUGGGCUGGCAGAGUUUACGGUCGGCUAUCGCGCCGUCGUGUGGGCUCCAUUCAGGGGCGAGACGGUUGAUGCUGUUGUGUUCUCCGUCAAUCCUCACGGUUUCUUCUGCCAGGCUGGCCCGCUGCAGCUGUUCGUGUCGAACUUCUUGAUGCCCAAGACAUGCAAGUACGAUGCGAACGCGACACCGCCUCAGUUCACCGAUCACGAAGGCCUGACCAUCGAGAGCGGCUCCCACGUUCGCGUCAAGAUCGCCGGUAUCAGGAACGAGGUUGGCGAGAUCAGGGCCAUUGGCAGCAUGAACGAGGAUUAUCUCGGACCUCUACAAGACUAA